AUGGUUAACGAAGUUGAAUUGCCAUAUUCAGAUAACAUGCCCAGCUGGGUACCAUUUACCAGCUCAGGGUGGAUAUCACAGAGGGGUCACCCUAGAAGGAGGGGUUUUAGAAAGGACCUUCUUUCCCCAUUGAUCCCAAAGCUUUCUCUCCAUCUCCACCUCAGGGCUGCAGAUGCUCGUCUGAAGGCGGCUGCAGCGCUUGGGGCAGCCGAGAAGGCCCUGGAAGCCUCCCGCUUGGCCAAGAUUGUGGCCCAAGAAUUACAACCUAUUCUAGCUGAUUCAGCCCCUUCUCCUUCCCCAGAGCCGCGAGGCCGGUUAGAUUCAGAAGGCACCGACCCUGAUUUCCAGGAGUACAACAGUCCCCGCGUCUACGAGAACGGCAUCACCCCUUCUGACGUUACCCCAGACCCGAGCUUACCGCCAAGCUACCCACCCACACCGUUGCAACCCUGGCGGGGGGACCCUCGGCGGACUUGGCCCCCCUUGGAGAAUGGGGGUCCUCGCCAGCACCUCCCCGAGGCCUCUGAUGUGGAGGAUGAGUGGGGUUCCAGGGGUAGCUUCCCGUCUCGGACACCGCGGCUCGUUCCCGAGGGGUUGUGGGAGGGUGAGGAGGAACAGGGACAGUUGAGCAGCUAUGAAGCGGAGGAAGAAGAUUACGAGAGGGUCCCCCAGCACCCUCAGCCGGGCAGCCCAGCCAGUGGCAGCUCGGGCAGCCUCCGAGAAGAGGAGGAGGAAGAGGAGGAAGAAGGGACCGUUUCUAAGACUUAUCCUGGGGGGAUCCAGGAGGAUCCGGCACCCUCGGGAGCUCCUGUGAGCACAGAGGUGAAGAACGAGGAAUGGCAUGGACCUUCUCUUAUGCUGGAGAGAGGAGAGAGCCUGCAAGCAGUCCGAAGGGGGAGACAG